AUGCUCAAGAAGGACGAGCAUCUCGCGGUUCGGGUUUUGAAGCCCAUCUUUGUUCUUAUGCGGGCACAGACGGAGAAGAUCCGCACAGAGAUCACAGAGCUUGUUCAAUACCUGCAUUUGCUCUCGGCACUGAUGUGCUUUGCCAUGGGCCUGCACCUGACCGACGAGGAGGUCGCUGACAUGAAGGAGGUGGAAAUGAACUAUGCUAAGCACGUCUCCAUCAUCAACGAAAUCUACAUUUGGGAAAAGGGGUUGAAGCAAUCACAGGUUUCAUUGGAGGAGGGGUCCACCUCUGUCGGGGAGUCAAGGUGCUCGCGGACAGCACGGGACUUGACAUCGAGGCGGCUAAAAUAUGCCUCUGAGUUCUUGCCUGGGAGUGGGAACUGA